GAAUUAUUGGUGAAAUUCUUGUUUAUGGCAAAAUGAGUAUCGAAAAGUUCUCUAAUUGGCUAACGAUAUUUCUUCUUCCUAAACGUUCUUUGAAUACUACCAACGGAAAUCAUUUAAAAGGUGUUCUCCCUUUCCUAGCAAAUAUUAGUUAUUAUGAAUUUAUCCAAAUAAAUCAGUCUAUCCCAGUUUUUAUCGGUCUUUUGGUAUAUUUAACACAUUUAAUGCGUCGACUUUACGAAACACUUUAUAUAUCUGUUUUCUCGCAAUCAUCAAUGAAUAUACUUCAUUUUAUGAUGGGAAUCAUAUUUUAUACUUCAUCGGUUUAUUCGCAAUUAUUAUCUGCUUUUAAAGGAAGCACUCAAACUUUAGAAUCAUUAAACGAACGAAAUAUUUCUUCAUUUUCUUUCAUUACAAAAUUCCAAAUUGUUUUAUUGUUAAUUUUCUUUCUAUUUCAAUACGAACAAAACAAAUGUUGCAAAAUUCUAUCAGCAACACGUAAAACAAGCAAUGGUUCAAUAAAAAGUUACGAUCAUUUUAUUGUCAAAGGUCGGCUGUUCGAAUAUAUUUCGUCUCCUCAUUAUUCUAUAGAAAUUCUGCUUUAUUGUGUUCUGAUGAUUUAUUAUAAAUUUACAAUAGAAAUUACGUUAUGUUGCUUGUUUGUAAUUGUUAACCAAACAAUUGCAUGUUUUUUAACACAUCGUUGGUAUAAGGAAAAAUUUGCUUCGAAAUAUCCCAGUAAACGAAAAGCUAUUAUUCCUUAUUUGCUUUGA